GCUCUUGAAAAACCCAGUCAGUUGGAAGCGAGUGACCGUUGGUAGAGGUUGUGUGUGUCAUUGCUCUGCCAUUGCCGUGUGACUCGUGUUCUGGGUUACUGGGGAACAAACACGUGGAUAUAAAAACGACCCUGUAGUGGAUUGUGCGUGUUCUUCUUACGCCUUAACUGUGGAUAUUUUUGAGUGAAUUUGAAGUGAAAGCACAUUUUUAGCUGCCCAAUGGUGGGAUAAAACAUUGUCAUCUUCCGUCAUGAGUUGGAUAUUUUCUUCACUUCUACUUCUAGGAUUAUGGACGUUAAUGGUAGAGGGCGCUCGCCGAGAGGAGGCUCUAGACGUCCUAGAGGGCCGCGACGUUACCCUCGAAUGUCACUUCAGCAACCCUCGUCUGCUGAGCGGGGUGCUCUACUGGAUGAGACACAGGAACGGCGAGGUCGACAAUGUCGCCUUCGGAGACCAGGCCCUUGAUGCCAAUUACCGCAUAAACUUCGUUGAAUCUGAGAGCCGUUAUGACUUGACGAUCAACCGCGCAACGUAUGAUCGCGACAACGGCAUGUUCGAGUGUCGUAGCGUGAAGGAAGGUUCGGGUAGCGUCUUGCACAACACCGUCGUCAACCUGACGGUUCUCAUCCCGCCGGGCUCGCCUCACAUCACGCCCCAGAAACCCAAGGCUGUCGAGGGCAAACCUAUUGAGCUCACCUGCUCAUCCAGUGGAGGCUCCCCUGACCCCCAAAUCAUAUGGUAUCGUCAAGGCAGUGACGAGAAACUAAGAAGCGUGCUGAAGCCUGGGGGCGGACGUGACGAGGCCACCACGUCGGUGCUGACCAUCAGUCCCACCAAGGAAGACCACGGCAACGAGUAUCGCUGCGUCGUCUCCAAUCGAGCGCUUGCCGAGGGCGAACGGAUGGAAACAUCGGUUACUUUGGAUGUUGACUAUUAUCCCCGCAUCACGAUAGGGCCUGCAAAUCCUAUGCGUGUUGAACGUGGUGAACCUGCCACCUUGACGUGCGAAGUUGACGCCAAACCCCCAGUGAAGAAUGUCCGGUGGACACGAGGGAAGAAGUUCAUUGACACGAGACAAACUUUAUUCAUCGAACAGGCUACUGAAGAACAGGCUGGCCGUUACAUCUGCCAAGCAGACAACAGUCUUGGUAUUUUACGCGAGAGAGAGGUCACUCUAGACGUUCUCUAUGGACCCAUAGUAACGGUCCCUGCCAGCAAAGAUUUAGAAGAAGGUCAAAAUCUUGUGGUUACUUGCAACGUUACUGCUAAUCCGUCCCCCAGAACAAUUGAAUGGUACAAAGUAGAUGACGAGUCUUUCAGGCAGAGCGGAGAUAUUCUGAGGAUUAACAGUGUCACAGCAACCAACCAAGGCAAUUAUGUGUGUCGGGCUGUUAAUUUUUUGGCUCCCACCAAUCAAGAAGGAAGCGACCGGGUCGGGAACGCUACCGUCGCGGUUCGUAUUCGUCACGCUCCCGGUAAAACUUUCAUCAAGCUCUCGACUCCUGUAGCGGUGUUGGACGAAGCCGUGGUUUUGACAUGUGGAUCAAAUCCUCCAGGUUGGCCCACCCCAAGAUACGAGUGGCGGCGCCAUGACUCAGAAACUCCUUUGCUCGUCGGGCCGAAUUAUACCAUCCCAAAGGCAGCGUACGCCGAUGAGGGUACAUAUACUUGUACGCCUUCCAAUAGGCUAGGCAAAGGCACUACGGCUUCCAUGCCGCUCAAAGUCUACCAGGCUCCCAGCAUUCUGGAGUCUUUGCCUGAAACCUCAGUGGAGAGCAUCGGCGCAACCGAUGUGAGCCUCACCUGCAGAGCCCAAGGAAAGCCCGAGCCUAAAGUUCGUUGGGUCAAAGAUGGGAAUGAAAUCUUGCCAGCUGAUGGUCUCUAUGACGUGGCAGUGCAGCAGUCGGCUCUUGGCAGCAACGGGGUGUACACUGUACAGUCCAAGCUCAUGUUCCAGGGCAGCAAAAGGAAAAAUAGUAAUCAGAUGAUGGCUCGAGAUCGUGGUAUCUAUGAAUGCUUGUUCAGCAAUGAAGUGCGAGAAGUCGGUACUCCUCUCUUCCUCCGCGUGAAACAUGCGCCCAUCACUGUUCACAAGAAUAACAAAGUCGCGUUUGACGUGGGCGAAAAUGCCGUGCUGGUCUGUUUAAUGCAGUCCUUCCCUAACCCUUCAUUCCAGUGGUUCAGAGGAAAUAAUUUAAUCCACCGAAACGACCCUCGCUUCGCUACAAAUGAGACAGCCUUACAAGAAGAUGUCUAUGCUUCACAGUUGUACAUCUCUGAUGUUACUGACGAGGACUACGGUGACUAUACAUGCAAGGGCGAGAAUACCAUCGGCGAGCACACGACAACACUCAAACUUCAGCCUAAAGGCCCUCCUGAGCCUCCCGUUGAAAUUCAAUUGGUGUCAAUCGGAACCAAUAGCAUUGAGGUUAAAUGGGAGGAAGGUUUCAACGGUGGUAUCGAAAGAACCAAAUUUAUUGCGCAAAUCGAGUCUGAACUAGGCUCCCAGCAGGAAUAUGACUGUCAGUACCAAAAUCCUUGCGUUAUUCGCAAUUUGGAAGAACAGACGGCGUACCGCAUUAAGGUCCGCGCCAACAACAUCAAGGGCAUGAGUGAUUUCUCUGCUCCUCUACAAGUGAACACUGGCGUUGAAGCGGCGUCUAUUCCUGAGCCUGAACAAGUGUACUUCGAAAUUCUCAAUCGAGUAGUGAGCUUCCGAGUUCGCUCAACUAAUCUGUUGCUCGUUGGUCAGAUCAAGAAGAAGCCUCAAGGAACCUCCGAGUGGGAAGUUAUUUCCUCUGAAUAUCCUCUGAGCGGCAAGGAGUAUGAGGAAAUCGCGAUCGAUGAAAAAUAUCCCGAAGAAAUACAAGUUCGGCUCUGCGCUGUGGGCAUGGAGAUGCUGUGUGGCCCAUACAUCGAAGCACAGAAAGUGGAUGUGCUUCCAGCUCGUGCCUACAAGUCUUCCGGCCUUCAGUAUUGGGUAGGAAUCAUCAUCGGCGGCAUCAUGGCGCUUGCGCUGAUCGCCCUCAUACUCUUGUGCUGCUGUCGCCGGCGUAAGGGAUCUAAGCUCAAGAAAAAAGCCGGGGAAAUGGAAGUUGCCCACCGCGGCGUGUCUUCACAAGCUCCUCCGCCUCCUUACUACACAGUCGGGCGCGACAAUAAAGCCAUGGACGGAUCUCUUCAGAACGGAAUCGAGGACGUCUCUAAACCUUCCAUUUACAACUCGCAACAGCCUUUCACUUAUGGCCAGAUGCCUCCAAGUCAGCAAAACAAUGGUAUUGGUUACAUGGACAAUAGCUAUUCGAACUCCAACAACGGCGGCUCCGUCAACUCCCAAGACUCGCUGUGGCAGGUGAAGAAUGGCGGCGUCAACCCCGGCAACUACGACACCAACACAACACAGCCUCCUCAGAUGACCCCUGGUAGCGAUCCUCGGUACCCGUACGACCCGAUGCUCCACGGAGGCUACGGCAUCUCAGGAUACGGGGACUACAGCCACUAUCCUCCCUCAAGUCCCCACCAGACCCCCGUACCGCACCAGAUGCAGAUGGCUCCCCACCAACAACCUCUCAUGGGCAAGGACGACAACGGCUACUACCCUGGCGUGCCACAGCAAAAUGGAUACAUGGCCAACGGUGACGCUUACGCUUCGGUGCAGAAAAACAGGAAGAGGAUGGAUCAUGUUGAUGGCUAUGACGUAAGCGGCAUGCCGGACCCCUAUAUGGACCACCAGAUGGACCCUAACAUGGCUAUGCACGACAACAUGCAGCCUCAGCAGGACAACAAACCGCAAAUUUCUUUCGACGAAUCUUUAGAAUCUGGCUACUCGACCCCCAAUUCUCGCAACCGACGCAUUAUUAGGGAAAUAAUCGUGUGAUUUUCCACUUUAGGUUUUUCUGCCCUCGUGUGGUCACGGGUGCUUCGUUUUGCCUUUAAAUCAUCUUCUUUGAAGAUUCUUUUGCUGAAUCUCGUUGAGUACAAUGCCUCGUUUUAAUUAUAAAUUAGUGGCAUGCCGUUGAAAUUAUUUGGCUAAAUGAUGUUAGAUUUCAUUCUCACGACGCAAUAAGAGUU